AUGGCUGUGGAACUCUGGUUGCUGCUCCUGCUGUUUUGUGGAAGUACUGUUUCAGAGGUACAGCCUUUAUACAAACUGCCUCCUGGGACUUUGGAUUUUGGAUUUGUACCAUCCAAGACGUAUGAUACAGGUGCAUACCAUGAACCUGGGCCAAUAGGAAUUUUGUUUAAAACAGUACAUGCAUUCCUCUACUUAGUGCAGCCAAAUUCUUUUCCACAAGAUCUCAUCAGAAAACUUGCACAGCAGAAGCUUGGAAAUACACAGGGUGAUUAUCAGAAGCCAGAAAAUGUUGUCCUGACUCUUCAGGCCAUCUACUAUGAAAUCGGUUUUAUAAUCUCUGCAGCCUUGGGAUUGCUAUUUAUUUUCUUACUGCCUCUUGUGGGACUGUGCUUCUGUAUGUGUCGUUGCUGUGACAACUGUGGUGGGGAAAUGCAUCAGAGACAGAAGAAAAAUGCUGACUGUCAGAGGAGCUGUUUUGCAACAUUUCUUUUUGUUGCUUCUUUAAUAAUAAGUGUUGGAGUUCUCUGUGCAUAUGCUGCCAACCAGCAUUUAACUAACCAAGUCCGAGGAGCAAAGAAACUGGUUAACAGCAAUUUUAAAGAUCUGAAAAUUUUCCUCAAUGACACUCCAGCGCAAAUAGACUACUUGGUGAGCCAGUACAACACAACUAAGGACAAAGCACUCUCUGACCUAAAUAAUGUGGGACCUUUGCUGGGAAGCAGAGUUCAAGAACAGCUGAGUAAAGAAGUGCGUCCUGCACUGGAUGCAGCUCUGACAAUGGCAGGAGCCAUCAGAGAAACAAAGGAAGCACUGGAAAACGUGAGCGUCUCUGUAGAGGUUUUGCAGGAGGGAACAGAGAGGCUGGAUGCAAACUUGACAGAAGCUAAAAUGCAUCUCAGCAACACUCUCAAUGAUUCUGCAUGCUCAGUGGCUCAGGCUGCCUCAACUUGCAACAUCAUCAGAAACUCAUUAAAUCAACUGAGCAUCAAUGCCAAUUUUAGUGGGUUGCCAGGAGUGAGCUCACAACUUGCCAAGGUCAAUGAUGUCCUUAAAAUAGACCUUUCUAGUCUGGUCCAAAAGGGUUAUGCAGCAUUUAAUGAUACUCCAGACUUAGUGGUGAAUCAAACCAAAAACAUUCUAUCAGCUGUUCCUUAUAUCAAAAGCGUGCUGGAAUCCAUCGGUUCAAAUAUCACUAUCUUCACAAAAGCCCUCCCUGUUCAGAAGAUUUUGGCAGAUUUGACAGUUUACCUUACACAGAGUGAAGCCUACGUUCAAGAUUAUUUUCCAUUAGUGGAGCAGUAUGAUUUCUACAGGUGGCUGGGUUGUCUCAUUCUCUGUUGCAUGGUGGUCCUUAUUUUGGUCUUUUACUAUCUUGGACUGCUGUGUGGCACCUGUGGUUAUGAUAAACAUGCAUCUCCUACAACCAGAGGCUGCAUUUCCAACACUGGAGGAAACUUCCUUAUGGCUGGUGUUGGAUUCAGUUUUCUUUUCUCCUGGGUGCUGAUGAUUGUAGUGGUGCUCACUUUUGUCACAGGUGGAAAUGUAGAAAAACUGGUCUGUGAGCCCUUUGAAGAUAAAAGUUUAUUCCAGGUUUUGGACACUCCCUACUUACUAAAUCAACACUGGAAAAACUACCUUGCUGGCAUCCUGUUUAAAAAUCCAAAUAUUGACUUGACUUUUGAAAAAGUGUACAGUGAUUGCAAGGAAAACAAAGGAAUUUAUACUUCCCUUCACCUAGAACACCUGUUCAAUAUCAAUGAAUUUCUAAAUAUUAGUAUGUACACAGAAGAUGUAGCACUUAAAAUUGAACAUAUUCAAAUAAACCUCAGCAAAAUCAUUCUGCUGGAUGAAAUUGGGAAGGAGAAUCUUCUGAAUUUCAGCUCUUCAGGAAUAGAAGGGAUUAACUUUGCAGCAUAUUUGACAGAGAUCAAUAAAAGUGUUACCAAGGUGGAUCUUCUGACAUUUGCUAAUGACUUAGAAGCAAGAGCAGACCAGCUGCCAAAAGGAGCACUGGAAAAUGCCUUAAAAGGACAUGCAAACAAUAUUCGAGUGAUUCAUAACCAGCAAGUUGUUCCACUGGAGCAAGCUAUGAGCACUUUAAAUCAGAGCAUUAGGUUACUGAAGAGGACAUCAUCUGAACUUAUGGCUAAGGUGAAAAAUGUCAUUGGCGCUGUUAAUGCUGCCCAGCAUCUCAUAAAUAACAACGCUUCUCUAGUUAUUGUCCAGGAGACAAAAAAGUACAUGGAUACCAUAGUUGGCUACUUCGAGCAGUACGUUGAGUGGGUCAAGGAGUCGAUUGCCAUGGAGGUAGCAGCAUGCAAACCUAUUGCCAAUGUGAUAGAUACAGCAGUAGAUAUUUUUUUAUGCAGCUAUAUUACUGAUUCUGUGAAUACCUUCUGGUUUGGUUUGGGAGGCUCUUCAGUCUUUUUAAUUCCUGCCAUAAUUUUUGCUGUAAAACUUUCCAAAUACUAUCGCAGAAUGGAUACAGAGGAUGUGUAUGAUGAUACAGAAAAUGGUAAUAAUGGUUAUCAUAAAGAGCAUUUAUAUGGUAUACACAAUCCUGUUUUUACAAGCUCUGUGGAACAGUGGUAA